GGGCCUGGGAGGAAAAUGAAACAGAAAGCAACAGGCCACGGGAAGAAGCCGGGCGUCCAGGUUGGCAGGCCAGAGGCCCCCUCACCGUGCCCUAAAACAGUGCGAGACCCUGCCCCACUCAAGCAGGAGUCUGGAGGAAUAAGAGACACUCUCACAAAAAGGAGGAAGCUGGCAGAGACGGACGGACAACGCAUGUGUAGACACACCGGCACUCAUCUCCUCCCCGAACCACUGUGAACCAUCCUGUCAAACCAGCCACGGUGACCAUGGCUUCAGACGCCUUUGGAGAAGCUGUCCAUGAGGGUGACCUGGCUAAAGCCCUCUUCCAUGUGCAUGAGAGGCCCCUUGAGUCAUUCCUUCAUGAGCCCGUGGACAUCGCAGUGGUGGGCGAGGCAGGUGCCGGGAAAUCCUCCUUCAUCAAUGCCCUGCGGGGUCUCAGGGAGGAAGACGAGGGGGCAGCUGAGACCGGGCUGGUGGGUGGGCAGCAGGACCCCAUGCCUUACAGCCACCCUGGCCUGCCCCUCGUGACCCUGUGGGAGCUGCCGGGGGUGGAGACCCCACUGAGUGCCCCCCAGAAGGAGCCUGACCUCAGCCACUAUGACUUCUUCAUCGUCGUGGGCUCCCAACGUUUCCGCUCGGCCCAUGCCAACCUGGCCCACAGCAUUGAGGGCCUGGGCCGGCGGUUCUUCUUUGUCCGCACCAAGGUGGACCUGGACUUAGAGGCCUCCCGAAGGCAACGUCCAGGCAGCUUUAAUGAGGCUGAGGUACUUCACCGCAUCUGGCAGGAUUGUGACCAGGGCCUGCGAGGCGAGGGGGUGGCCCAACCCCAGGUCUUUGUGGUGGCCAACUGGGAGCCCAACCGCUACAACUUCCCCCUCCUGCAGGAAAUCCUCAAGAAGGAGCUGCCAGCAAUCAGGAGACAAGCAUCCCUCUUCCGGCAUCUCCCCAUGUGCUCACGCAUCCUGGACCAGAAGCAAUCCUCCCUGAUGUGGGAGGUCUGGAAAGUCACCCUGUUGAGUGGCCUCCUGGCUGCCCUUCCUAUCCCCGGCUUGUCCUUCAUCUGCACCUACUUCCUGUUCCGGGCGCACCUUGCCCGCUACUGCAAGAGCUUCGGCUUGGAUGAGCGGUCCCUCGCUGCACUGGCCUGGCGCGUGGGGCAGCCCGUGGGUGAGCUGCAAGCUGUGAGGGAGCACCCGGGAGUGACACGGGUUCCAUGGCUCAAGCUGAUGGCAGAUGCAGCCAGUGCUGCAGCCAUACUGGUGGGCAGGUGGAAGGGUUUCACCGUUGUUGGCUGCCUGGUAUCUGCUGGGCUGGCAUUCAUCCCCACCUACGCCCUGCUGCGGAAGGCAGUGGGGUACCUGGCCAAGGACACCCAGAAGGUCCUACACCAAGCUCUGAAAGCGGAGGGGAAGAAGUCCAUGUAAUAACCAUCUCAUUACUGCAGGGGUCCGGCUGGGCACCAAGGAAGAGAGGCAGAGCCCCCUCGCUUCGCCAAGCAAACUGUGAGGGCGCUUUGCCCCUAGCCCACACAGGGAGACCCCGUGUCUUUGCUCUAUGGGACCUGGGGAUGAAUUUCCAGCACUCAAGAGUCCCUGUUUGAAACCAGUAAUUUCAGCUUCAGCCCCAAUUCUUACCUUCUCUCCAUGGAGUCUCCAUGGCCGCUCUACCUGGCUCUGCGUCCCCCCCAAAAUGUGGGAUCUGGGGUGGUCACCCCAAUUCGCCCCUCCCCCUCCCUUAGGGACAGCCCUGACUACAAGAAUGCUUUGAAGAUGCUGGACUAAAGGCCUUUGUACACAACGUGUUUUGCCCCUUUUUGUGCUGCAAAGCUGUGAUUGCACGAGUGGGUUAUUGGCAGUGGGGUGGGGGAGAGAGGCAGGCAGGGUGUAGUUGGCACCAAUACAGCACUCCUCCACUGCAGGGGUAAUGAAGCAGGAGAACAGGGCAGAGGCUGGGGGUGGGUUCGUGCAGGGGUUGCAACUGCCCUGGUAGACAGCCCCACACCCUUCCCAUACACUUUCCCCCCCAAGCCCUAAGGGACUGGGCCCAGAUCAGCACCCUCCCCACCCAAUCUCUAACCCCAGCUAAUGGUCAAGACUGAGCCAGGUUGGGGCCUCCCUGGAGGCGAGACCAACUGGAAGAGGAGGCCUAAGGCUUCCAACUUCCUGUGAUCUCAAGGGUGUUUCCAUGCAUACCGUUGUCUAGGCCCACGAUCCAAAGCGAGGUGUUGUAUCGGAAGACCAUGUCCGUGUCCCCCCCACCCCCACCAGGGCCUACUGGGAGCUGAGUCUCUCAAAGAGCUAUGCCAAGAUGGAUGUGAAGGCAUUGGCCAAGUGUUGGUCAACCCAAGGUCUUCAUGGCCUCCGAUUAUCGUCUGAGCACCCAUGGCUUCCUGGCAUUGGCUGGCAGCUUGAAGAUGGAGUUUGAAACACCCAGCUUCGGUUGGGGAGCUGCUGAGGUCAUGGGAGGGGGCGCUGGUGGCCAAGCAGGCAUUAGAAAGGGGCAUCUGGAUGGCAUCAUUGGCAUCAGGGGGUGGCUACUCUGGUGCAUGUCCCCAAUAUGUGACAUGGCCCUGUUGGCUCAGGAGCUGUGGUGUGAGGUCCUUGGGGACCUUCAGGGUGAACCUAGGCAUCCAGGAGGCCAAAAUGGCCACUGAGGCAGCAGGGCAGGGACUGAUGGCACUGGGAGGAGCCUGGGAGCAGUCAUGACCUCUGGCUCCUCCCAGGGAGCCCUCCUGGUCUCCACAGGGGAGGCAAAGCCAGCAGGGAAGGGGCAGAGCCAAGGGAGGGGGUGGGGCUUCACCACAGCCUACC